ACAUGUUGCUUGAUGCAGCCCUCAGAAAUGGCUGCUCCUCAACACCCAUCAGAAGGUGUGCACUUCCUGCUGGAAAAAGUACGUCCACCUUGUGCUGCCUGGAGGACGUUCACAGAUGCCUCUCCGCAGCGCUCUGACAGUAUUGCCACAUGGCCCCAUCUGCUCUCUCAGUGAUGCUUUUAGCGCCCUGAGUAGUUGCAGUUUUGUUUUCUAAAUUGAGGCGGGGAGUAUUUUUUUCUUUGCUGGCUGACUUGUGUCGGGAGCUGCAAAGUUCUGUUGCAGCCAGCGCAGAGCAGAACAAAGAAGUACAAAUAUAAUUUGCUACAGAGGAUCAGCUGUGAAAUAGAGGAACAGAAGAGGACUCAGAAUGGAAACAAAGUUUGCUGCAUUGCUGAAAUUGUAACACAACAAAGGAUAUUUGUUUUUCUUCACCUCUUCCUCAUGCACAUCUUUGGCAUAUCCAGCCCUCUGUGUCAAAACAAAGUUCACUGGAGAAAGAGCAUGACCAAUAUAAGAGCUUCUUGCUCUAAUGGAUUCUGUGCAAAAUAAGUUUCAGGAUAAUAAUCAAGAAGACACUGAAGAUGGUUGCAAGCAGAAACUCUUAUGUUUUAGAGAAACAAAUUCUAACAAUCCCCCAGAAGAAGAGUAUUAUUUUUUAAAAGAUAAUAUUUAUUCCAAAUAAGACUUAAGGAUAGUGUGGAAGGAUUGGCAAGCUUGAUGGUUCUGCACAAGAAACCAAGAUGCUAAGAAAGCAGGCAAUAAAGAUAUUUUUCAUUUGCAGUUUCUCACACUGUCUGUCUCCUUCCCAUUCCUCUACACGGGUACCCAAAGCAGCUUAAUCUUUAGCUAAUUGCACAGGAUUUCCAUUGGUACUGACAUAUCCACACCUCAUCAAAAGCAUGAUGUCUAAUAACUCAAGCUGUAAUGAAGAAAAUGAGUUUUCAAAACGCUUCUACGCAAUCAUGUACACCAUUAUCUUGGUUCCCGGACUGAUCGGCAACAUUUUAGCUCUCUGGGUGUUUUAUGGGUACAUGAAGGAGACGAAACGAGCUGUGAUUUUUAUGAUCAACCUGGCAAUUGCAGACCUGGCCCAAGUAUUAUCUUUGCCGCUACGGAUUUUCUAUUACAUCUCAGAAAACUGGCACCUGGGCAAAGGGGUCUGCAUGUUUUGCUUCUACCUGAAAUAUGUCAACAUGUACGCAAGUAUCUACUUCUUAGUUUGCAUCAGUGUGAGGCGGUUUCUAUUCCUCAUGUAUCCCUUUAGGUUCAAGGACUGCACACGGAUUUACGAUGUGUACAUUUCCAUUGCUGGAUGGAUUGUGGUAUGCAUUGGUUGCUUGCCUUUCCCCCUUUUGCGACUCGCGUCAAAUGAUCAUCGUACCAGCAACACGUGCUUUGCGGAUCUUCCCAUGAAGGCUGUUGAUGGCACCAUCUCUAUAGCAAUGAUGACCAUCGGAGAACUGGCUGGAUUUGUAACCCCUUUGACGAUCAUCCUGUAUUGUUCGUGGAAGACCGUCUUAUCGCUCAAGGAAAACAGUUCCGUUUCCCAAGACCUCGGAGAGAAACAGAAAGCUCUGAAGAUGAUCUUGACCUGCACGGUGGUCUUUCUUAUUUGUUUUGCCCCUUACCACAUCAGCUUCCCUUUGGAUUACUUUGUGAAAUCCAACAAGAUAAAGGAGUGUUCCACCCGGAAGGUGAUUUUGAUAUUCCACACAGGGGCUUUAUGUCUUGCCAGUCUAAAUUCUUGUGUAGAUCCCAUCAUUUAUUACUUUACCACCAAUGAGUUCCGAAGACGACUUUCAAGGCAAGAUUUACAGGAUGGUACUCCGCACCAUAAUGAACACUAUGGAAAUACAAAUGGCCCAGAGCAGAGAAGUACCAUUGAGUGAGUGGGGGCAGUGGGGGGGAAUCCAAACCACGUGCUCUGAAAAUGACUCUACGGACUCAAAAGCCUCUGCUGGCCUUGCCUAUUUUUGGAUGAUUCAACCAGUGGACCAUAAGAACAGACAUCACCUUGACUCACACAUCCGUCAAUACUACUGAUUUUAAAUGCUGUUCAGAAUUACAUGAGCAACUAUAUCUGAAUGCAACACGGAACUUACAUGUUAGGCUAAAUAGACAGCAUUGCUUAUCAAAAAGUGGCAUAGGGCAAAGCUUUUUUUUUUUAUCAUGUGUUUAUCCAAAGACACAAUUACAGUUCCUGCUUCUUGGAAAGCAAGGGCAACACACAAAUUGCCUCCCUUCUGGGUGCUGAAAGUAGACACUCUUAAUAUUACAGGAGGGAAGGUGGUUAGAGCAGUGUAGUGGGACACCGGUGAUCCUGCUUUUAGUCCCACUCUGCCAUGAUGCUCAAUAAGGGUGAGCCACCGAUUCCCAGCCCAGCCUACAUUACAGGGUAGGGUUAAACUGAACGAUAAAAUUCCACCGACCCUUUAGAAUUUUUGCACCAGGGCAACCCCUUUUUAUUUUCCCAGUAUUUUAAAGGUUGAUGGUUUAUUAAAUUGGAAUUUUAUUAUGUAUUUUAAAUUGUAUUUUAGUGUGCUGUGACUGGUUUGUGAGCCAUCUCGAGACCCGUUUCAGGUAAAGACAGGGUAGACAUGUUUUAAAUAAGUAGGAAGGGUGCCAUGGGCUUCUUGGAGGAAAAACGGGGAGAUACAAGCAGAACAGAUCCAUGGAUCGAUUAAAAUGGGUGCUGCUGAAGAAUAAUGACACCACCUUGCAAAGGAAGUUGAGAAACUUUGGGAUGCACUGCUCCCGUUUUCCUUAAAUGACAGCACUGAUCAGUGGUAUGAAAUUCCACUUGCUGUUUUCCUGGAGUUUUAAAUUUCUUUUGUACAGGGCAAAUAUACUGUGAACUGUUAAUUUAAUAUGUCUGAAGGAUAUAAUUUAUAUUAAAAACAUUUUGGUACUAU